AUGGGUAUCGUAGACUAUGCCAUACUUGGUGUCACUCAUCCUAUGGAGCUGCGUGCUCUGAUAAAUUUCGCCAUAUGGAAAGAUUUCAGAGAUAUCAAAGCGGAAGAUCAAUGGCCUACGACGCAUUAUAAUCGAGAGUCCAUGAAGAAAUGCUGGGAGUAUUUGGAUUUGACUUCGAGGAGUUUCGCUAGGGUCAUCAUGGAAUUGGAGGGUGAUUUAGCUAGAACCGUCUGUAUAUUCUACCUUGUUUUGAGAGCACUGGACACCGUAGAGGACGACAUGACCAUCCCCAACUCGACGAAAUUACCUUUAUUGAAAUCGCUCCACGAGAAAUUGUAUGAACCCGGAUGGACUUUCCAUGAAUCAAAGGAAAAAGAUAAGAUCGUUUUGGAGGAGUUUGAUAACAUCCAAUAUGAAUUUUCGGAAUUAAAACCUGAAUACCAAGCAGUCAUCGCCGAUAUCUGCAAGAAGAUGGGUGCAGGUAUGGCUGACUUCGCGGCAUUAGCCACCCCCGAACAGCCAGUAGCAGAAGUAGACAGUAUAGCAGAUUACGAUCUUUAUUGUCAUUACGUUGCCGGAUUGGUCGGUGAAGGUCUAUCAGGUUUAUUCGCAGCUUCAGGAAAAGAAAGGGAGUUCAUCAAAGAUCAAUUAACUUUAUCAAACUCUAUGGGACUGUUAUUACAGAAAACCAAUAUUUUCAGGGAUAUCCAUGAAGAUGUAAUUGAAGGAAGAGGAUUUUGGCCUCGAGCAAUCUGGUCAAAAUACGGUUUCAACUCUAUGAAAGAACUCAUAGAUCCUUCAAGAGAACAACAAGCUCUUUGGGCUUCGUCGGAAAUGGUUUUAGACGCUUUGCGACACGCAACGGACGCUUUGGAUUAUAUGACUUUACUUAAAUGUCAAAGUGUGUUUAACUUUGUGGCUAUACCUGCUGUUAUGGCUAUAGCUACGCUGGAGAGGACUUUUAUGAAUCCCAAGAUAUUCAAGGAGAAUGUGAAGAUCAGAAAAGGUGAGACUGUCAGGUUGAUCCUCCGAGCGACCAACCCUCGAGACGUAGCGUACAUUUUCAGAGAAUACGCACGAAAGAUCCACGCGAAAGUGAAGAUAGAGGAUCCCAAUUUGUUGAAACUCAGUAUAGCUUGUGGAAAGAUCGACCAAUGGGCCGAACAUCAUUACCCCUCAUUCAUAAACAUCUCUGCCUCCUCUGCCGGUGGACGAGCCAGCUCAGCAAUCGACCCUGAAAGUACCGAUGCUCGAGCUGCGCUUUUCAUGAAACUGGCCAAAGAUGCUCAAGAAAAAGCUCAAAGGGAGAAAUCAGAAAAGUUCAUGGCUGAUUUAAAAGCUAGAGGGGUGAUCAAGCAGAGAAGUCCAGAGGAGGAAGCUGCGAUCAAAGCGAAAUACGAAGAGAUGGACAAACAGGGUGCUCCUUGGUUCAUGAUUGGUGCUGUCAUCUUUGGAGUUUUGGCUUUGAUGGGUGGAUUAGGUUGGGGUGUUAUUUGGUUCAUCAUGAAGAUGUAUCCUGAUAGUGGGAUCAUGAUGGAGUGA